UUCAAAUUUACAGGUUAAACAAAUGAAUGGUUUAUCACACUCACCGCAGCAACAACCUCAGACUUUGUUGCCACAACAACAGAACAAAGCAGUGCAACUACCAAAUGGCAUUAGAACAAAUUAUAAAUAUCAGUCGCAAUCAACAAUUAGCACUGGAAUGCCGGUUGCAAAUGGGCGCCGUCAUCCACAAAUAGAUCGACCAACCGAAAAGAUUCAAGAAAGCUGUGAAAAAUCCGUGGACUGCGAUAAAGGGUUCCCAAAGCCACUUUUCGCAAAACCAUUCAAAGUACCACCACACCAUGACACAUCACAUUCAAAAAAUCGUUCCAUGCCAAAUCAUGUUGACACCCCAUCAACACCUACAGAUGGUGGAAGAGAUGUUGAAAGCAUUUUAAAAAUGAUGACAUCUACGUUAGCACCAUUGACUAAAAUUGCAGCUACUCCAAGAACUGAAAUCGAAGAUAAACAGCCCAACCGGUCUUAUGUUUACGCAAACCUACCACCUUUCUUCAAACCACCUAUAAACAACUCUAAUCCGUUAGCUCCCUUGGCGCCUCCAUCUCUUAUUGCACCAAUACCGGACAUUGAUGAAGAUAGUAAAAAAGCUUUCAAACCCAUCGAUAAACUUUCAGAGCUUGAAAGAAAUACUAAUAAGUCAAC